AUGGGCUACAACCCCGACAUCCCGUCGACGUGGAGCAUCAAGCAGCUCCUUGAGUACGCGCGGCAGCGCGGAAUCGACGUACCGAGCGGCUGUGAGAAGUCGGAGCUCGUCACCAUCGUCGACGAGUACUUGACAGACGAACUGCUCGCGGAGCACAUCCGCAAAGAAAACGCACUGGACACGGACGUCAUUGAAGACAUCGCAGGCGCUAGCACCGCGUCCAUUCUACGGCAUGCGGCGCACCCCUCCUAUACCAGCGUGCUGCGUCGCCAUCCAGCAAAACUGCAAGCGAUUAUUGAAGCCGGCAUCGAGCAGCUCCAAUCGCUUCCGUUUGUUGCACGGCUAUGCAGUGCGCGAGUGCACAGUCCUCUGCAGGCGUGGCUGGGCACCUUAGCCUCGGACUGCGGCGAUGGCAAGUGUCUGCUGACUGUCCUCACAGCGUCAAACAGCGACGUAGCAGCCUCGCCGGUGUGUGGGCGCUUCUGUGGAGAGCAAGAAAUGGUGGUACGCUGCCUCGACUGUGGCGCCGACUCCACAUGCGUCAUGUGCAUGGACUGCUUCCGCCACUCUCCGUGCGUCAACCAUCGCUACCGUAUCACGCAGAGCUCAGGCGGUGGCAUGUGCGACUGCGGCGAUCCGACCGCGUGGAAGCUGGAGUCCUUCUGCAGCCGUCAUCGUGCCGCCGCUGCAGCUGCAGCGGCGGGUGACGGGAACAGUGUGUCCGACCCCCUCGACACCAUGGCGGAAGAGGAUCGGGUGUGGGCGGUGCCGGUGCUGCGAGGCAUUAUUCAGUUCACUGCUGUUACGCUCCUGCAGCACACGCGUCUGCAGGUGUUGCAGAAGCGGGCGCAGUCACGAGCGAGAAAGCAGCGAAGGGCGGCAAGCGGCGCCGGGAACAGCACUGCUAGUGGCAGCGGCACUAGCACAGCCGGAACUGCAGCAACGCCCAGCUUUAGCGACGCGGAAGCCGCGCUGCUGAACGAUGUUGCUCGCAUCUCGGAUAAGUUCGACUGGUUAGAGGAGUGGAUGUCAGAAGUGACGCGGCAGCUGUGGGAGCUCAUGCAGGCCAGCGACAUCGCCAAGCAUCUCGUGGCGCAGCUCUGGGCAGAGCCGGUGCGAAUGGCGGUGUGCGGCGGUCCAGGCGCAGUUGUCACCGCCGCGCACGACAACGAGGAAGAAAAAAUAGGCGGGGAGACCGGCACGGCCGCCUCGAUGGCGGACCCCGUCCUCGACGCGUUACCGCCAAACUUCACCUGCGUGCACAUGGUGUUCCUUCACGAAGCAUCGCGGCCCGUGACGGCCCACGAGCAGCCUCUGAAUGCCACCAGCAGAUCCGCGCCGUGGCUCAAUAACCUCCUUCGGUGCGUCGGCCACUGCUUGAGCAACGCCAAGUUUCGCUUCCCGGUCGGCGGGCUAAUGGCGGCAUAUGCCGAGUACAUCAACGCACAGGAGCGUUCUGAGGACAAGAACGAGUGCUUGUCGCAGUACCAGGUGCAGGUGCUAACGAACCCCGACGUGAUCCGCCACCUGAUGACACCUUCACACCUGCCUUACAAGGCGGCAACGAACACAGUGCUGCACAGACAGCUGAGCGCGUUGCUCUACGCGUUAUGGCUCGCGCGUGACACCGUCAGUGGCGCCUCUGCGAACCCGGUGACGGAAACGGCGGCACUCUCGCGCGACGGGCUCCUGUUUGUUGCCCACCAAGCCACGCCCGUCUCGCUGGCCAGCGUGACCGCGUUACAGUCGUGUCUGAGCGGGUCCCCUGCGGCCUGCUACACCCUUGUGCUGAACCGACUCGCGUGGCGCGCCUUUGCGCAGGUCGCCGGCAGUCUGGCUAUCAGCGGCUACAUCUGCAAGGACCCCAAUGCACCAACAGACUCGCAGCACUACCCCACGCCGGACUUCAUUGGUCGCUGCAUCUCGCGGCACAUGUGGUUGUGGGUGCAUGCCAUGCGGGUGGUUCUGUCAUGUCUUCUGAGACUGCCUGCAACAGCAGCAACGGAUUCAUCGGCGUCGAUGCCCGCCCUGCCCCACGAUUCCAUCGCAGAGGUGCUGGGGAUCACGACGGAGCUCUGGGAAACGUGGCGCGGUGCCACCGCCUUCGAUACACCACCGGAUCGCCUGCGGCAGAAAGGCCCGCUGCUGGAGAUGCUGUCGGCAUGCAGGGUGGCGAAUGGGAAGGACGAAGCCCUCUUGCUGCUGGAGCACGGCCCCAUGGCGGCGGCGCAGUCGCGCGUACUGGGAAAGCAGCCAUUGGCGGAGCAGGUAGGAACGGCAGUGACCGCCAAAACAAGCAUCCUGGCGGCCCCUGCGUUGGCGACGGCGAUGGGGUACACAAUACAGGCUCUCUAUGAGAUUAGCCGGACCAUGGAUGUCGUCUUCGAAAAGCAGCGCGACGGCUUUUGCCGGCGGUGUCGCUCCAUCGUGCUGGAGCGAAAGACCUUCAUGGGUCUGCCGAGAAGCCAACAAGCAGCGAGCCAUGGUGGCACUUCAGAAAAUGAGGAGGCGCGCGACGCAGACGGGAAGGCAGGUGCAAGGCUCCCGGCGCCGUCGACGUGCUCGGUGGACAUUGUGGAGUACACGCUGCUGGAGCCACACGCGCACGCCACUACCCUUUCCAACCACCUCCCUCGCCUAUUCGGGGCUGUUCUCACGGCAUGGGUCAUCGAAAGCCAACGCGCCACAUCUCGGCUGCAAAGUGCGGCGCCAUCGUCCUCGGCCGCCCCGGCGGAGGUGCUCGCCAUGACUCGCAUAUCUGGCCUUCCAAGGGCGAGCACGAACAGCACCGCAGCAGCAGGGGAGACGUCGGACCUCCCGGCCACCCCCGCACACGCGCGCCGCCCUCUGCGGUCUCUGCUGGACGCCUUCUUUCAGUUGCGAGCGGAGGUAACACACAACGAGCAGGAUCGCCUCACCUUUUCUCAGCAGCUCCUCGAUUCGUUGGUCAUGCCGCAUGUGCUGACCGGCCAGGUCUUCGACGGCUUGUGGCGGCGCGGCGAUUACGAUGUUUCAUCUGCCGUCACGAUGUACCUGACCUUCUCGCGCGGCGUGUCGGCAGAAUUCGACAUCCUGAUGAUGCAGGUGCUCACGAUGGAGCUGGCACCGGCCGACAUGUCGCUGCAGAUCCUCCAGCGCUUCUCUUACGCGAAGCGACGCCUGCGCAACGUGGACACAGAGCAUGCGCAUCAGGCGCCGCGGCGACGUGCCAGCGCAUUGCACGGGCAGCGACCAGCGGAUAAGCUCCCUGAGAAGCCCUUGGACGCCCUCCCAACGAUGCUGGCAGCGCGGCGGCCGUUCUUCCGGCGCUGCCUGAACGGCUACAGGCACUUUUUGCGCCUCAUUCUCACGAUCGUGACGGACGUGUCCAAGGCGGCAUUCCAGGCCCCCAUGUCCUCGCCCGUCAUCGACCGCAUCGUCGGGGGCCUCCUCGCGCACGGUAAGGUCUCCCACUCCUCCAUCGUCGCCAACGUCAAUGGAACCGCCCGUGGCGGCGACUACGGCGACGCCGACGAGGACGAGAAGGACGCCAGCGGCAACGUGAUCAAGUUCUCGAGGCUGAUCGACGCCGCGAUCCGGAAGCUGGCGGUCGCCGAGAACUCGGCGCAAGGGAAACAGUUUCAACUGAAGGACGUGGAUGUGUGGCGCACACACGUGGGCCUGUACCACAUCGGGGUCGUUGAUAGCCAUCUCGAGGAGUUUUACAAGACGUACCGAGGCCUCGCCAGCGCAGCAGAUGCGGCAAAGCAGAAAGAGGCAGAGUCGCAUGCGCUCGCUGAUGGCGACAAGAGCGACAAUGCCACGGGCGGUGGCGGGCAGCAGCAGAAACGCAUCUCUCUGCCACCCACGCAACUGUCCGACACGAGCAUGUACGCAGAGCUAGUGCCCACCACCCGUGCGUUGCUGCACACGGACGCCGUCCUGUUGCCGGCGCUCUACGUACUGCACUUGUACGCCAACUGCCACGUGCCCGCUGCUGUCGCUGCCGCCUCGGAUGCAAAGGCUGCAGUGGCAGACAAGGAGGGUACGGCGUCCACGGCUGCCUUGGCACAGGAGUCGCCGCUCUCUCGGCACGACAACGCUAUGCACGAGAGUGCCGAUGAUGGAAGGGAAGACACCGAGAGCGGGAGCGAGGAUGACCGCCACAGUGACGACAGGGAAGACCCCAACGUGAUCACGCGCGAGGCGUUGCUGCACGCCACCACAACUCUGUACCUGUGCGUGCAAGACUGCGUCUCCAUCACGCGGGCCAUGCGGGCUAUCGAAGGCUACAGUGGCGAGAUGGCGUCCGCUACGGAGAAGGGCGUCAUCUCCUGGGACCUCCUCGAGCUGUACCUGCGUCGAUUCGCCAUCAACGCGCCCUCCUUCACUCACGCCUCGUGUGUGCAGUGGCUGCCAUUGCCGGAGCUGGUGCCGUGCCAAACCUUGCUCGAGAAGCUGCAGACCCCUGUUCGACUCCACACACACACCUCAAACGGCACGCCCACCGCCAUCGCCACUUCUUCCUCCGCUGACAUGCUGCACCGUCUGCGUGGCUAUCUGCUCUCGAACAAGGACACCGAUCCUUACGGGUGCCUGGAGAUGGUGGAGGCGGUGCUCGUGCAGACGGGACUGGCCACCUUUAGCACAGCCGACUUGCUGGAUGAGCAGAAGACGAAGGAUGAGGCGGCGCAGAGUCGGAAGAAGGUCAUUCAGGAGCGGCAGGCCUUGUUGAUGCAGCGCAUGCGCAGUCGCGCGCUGAAGGCAUCGGAGAAGAUGAAGGUGGCCGCCACCGCGGCGCAGCAGCAAGAAGGGCAACGCGGUGGCGACGAGGCCUCUGGCCCCGCGGCAUCGGCGUCGGAGAAGUCCCCUACGGGCGGUGUGAUUGGCUCACUUCUUGCGAAGCUGCUGCUGGAGCUGACGACGUUGGACUGCUGCGUGUGCCGCUCCACGACGGAGGAGCCACUCUUUCUGCUCUGCCACACCGGCACCUCCGGCAUGCUGCCUCAGCUGGGCGCGCUUUCGCUGCCGGACGGCCGCCAUGUGCACAGCCACCUGAGCAUGUGCGGCCACGCCGCACACAAGUCGUGCGUGGAGAAAGUGUUUGUCCGGCUGGCAGUGCUGUGGCAGCGGUGGAACUUCCGGAGUCAGUUCUACCUCGGCCCCACGGAGUUCAACUGCCCGGUCUGCACAACCAUCAUUACAGCGCUGUGCCCGAUGCCGGUGCUCUCCUGCGGCGGCAACGGCGACUGGACGACCGCCACCUCCCGGACAACGCGAAUGCUCUCGUCGGCUGCGACUCCCUUUGCGUCUCUCUUCGAGGAACUGCAGAACGGCACCGUAUCGGCCAGCAACCAGCGCGCCGUCGACGUCGCGGCGGAGUUCCACACAACCUUGGCAAACGCCGCCGUCGGCUUCAGCCCGUCCGAAGAUGUCCCCGCCAUUGUGUCCGCCGAAGACGAGCUCCAGCAGAAGAACGAGGCCGCCUGGCAGCUGUCCGAGGCCAUCCGCGCCUUCUGUUACGCCUGCCACCUGCAGCUGGAGGCCAUCAAGGCCGGCCAAGAACUCAGUCAUCGUGACCUCAUCGGGCUUCUGUCGGUCCUAGUGAGCAUCAUGCCCGCUGAACUGGAGCGGCAGCAAGCCGACCUGCGCUCCAACUACGCACGAAACAUGCAGGACAACGAGAGCUUGCUGGUCAUGGAUGCGCUUCUGCAGCCCCGCGACGCGAGCAGAUUGAUCAGUGCCCACGUGCUGACACGGGUGCUGCCCUCUAUGCCGGUGAACGUUAUAGCACGGCUCGUGGCUGUUGCGUGUGCCAGCAACACGGACGACAACGGCGAAGGGUCACAUGCCGCCGCCGCCGCCGCCGCGUCGCUGGAGGAGGAGUUCACGGGCGUGACGGCGGCGCUUUGGCAAACCGUGGGCGUGCUGACACUCCUCAAGGCCCUUGUCGUCGAAGAUGCCCAUCAUGGCGUCGUCCUCCGCAGCAGCACUUUCACCGUGGCGGGCGCCGUCACCUUUGCGGUGCCGAGCGUGGCCAGUGUGAGGACUCCGGUAUCCCGCUGCACCUCGAUUGUGCGCAUGCUGCAGUACCUGUUGCCAGUGCCGCACAAGAGCACGGAGGCGGAGCUGCAGGUGGUUGGCCAAGAUAUAUUGGCCUGCAUGCAGGCGGCCACCACACCAGCCACCCUCUCCUGCUCCGGACAUGGUAUGGAAAUCGUGAAGUCAGCCGUGCCCUACACCACACCAGAGGAGUGGGUCGCGCGGAUCGCGGAGGAGCUGCUGCACCUGCCCUCCGUGUACACCACCGUUCUAACACGCUUUGCAGAGCACAAGCUGUGCGCCAUAUGCCACCAAGAGCCGACGAAGCCAGUGGUGUGCUGCCGAUGCGGGAAGCUGAUGUGCAUGCAGCCGCCAAACUCGCCACCGGAGCUGUACACGCACACGCGCACCUGCGGCGGCGCUGUUGGCAUCUUCCUCGUUGUCCGUACCGCCAACUUCUACGUGCUGGAGCUGACGUCUGGGCGUGUCUACCACUACCCCUCCAACUACACGGACGAGUACGGCGAGCACGACCGCAACCUGCGUCGUGGCAUUCCGCUCUUCCGCAACACCGAGGAGACCCAGAAACUGGUCUUGACGUGGAUGCUGAACAAGUGGGGUGCCGUAUCGUCCAUUUUCGGCGUCUCAAACCGCAUGGAUCUCUCCACCCUGUAG